CACUUAACUUAUUGUGCAAGUUGCGUAACCCGUAUACAAAACAACACCGUUUUCACUUACAAAUGAGACGUUAAACACUUUACAAUCUGCUUCAAGUAAAGUAUUGCUCGUUACUAAAUCUUUUCCUUUUGUUUACUAUUUUUAAGUCAAAAGACUCUGCUGUUUGUGGUGUUUAAUUAUCUUAAAUCACGAGAAGUAAAGUUAUAUCACAGGUAAGAAGCGAAAACGAAAGUAGGACAAUCAUAUUGACUAAGAACCUGAGAAGAUGUAGAGUUAAACGGACUGUUUACUUCCGGAUUAAGCUACACAAUAAUACAAUCGCAGAAAAUAUGCUGUAGGUGUUAUGACUUUCAGGAUUUUCCGGACCUAAGAAGACAAUAAUUACAACGCUCUAAAAUAACCUACACAACACUUUAAAACAACAGCGCUGGUAUGUUAGGGCGGCGACAUUCCUCGCCUUAAAGUGUCAACAGAAACUUGAUUGGAGUUCGUGCAACUACAACCAUGACCACAUACGAUCAUCUGGAUGAAGAGACACUGGAUUCGAGGGUGAGACUGUUGCGGCCAGCUAUAGAAUACUGCUUUAAGAAGUCGGAUGUGGUGACUAAACUGGCACAACAUGGGCUUCUGAAUGCAGAAGAGACUGCCAGAUUAAUUGAAGUGUACGACCAAAAGCCAUCACAAGACGCAUCAAGUGAGAUGUUCAAUAUUUUGUUCAAGAAACGUGUUCCGACGAGAAAAUGGAAAAUAUUUGUUGACGCCAUUAAGGAAGCAGGAUACGAUUUUGCGGUGUCUCGCCUGAUAAGCGAAAGAGUUGAAAUUCCCGAGGAAAGAGAACGAGGAAAGACACUCCUUUUGCAGUUUGGACCGUUCUUAGAGAGAGAUAUAAACCCUUUGCUUCUAAUCACGCGACUGCUAGCUAGCAGCGUUAUCAAGGAAGAAGACGCAGAUAAAAUAGAAAAUACAACUCAAACCAAGUCAAAAGCAGAAGGAAUGAGAAUUUUAUUGCAGCGUAUACAGUGUUACCUGGAACCACACAAUUUGUGGGAAAAGUUUCUGACAGUGUUGUGGGAAACUGAAUUCGAGCACAUGGCACUGUUAUUGGAACCUGAAUAUUUUCCUACGUCGAAGAAAUUAGGGCCUAUUGAUGCACCAGACGUCGUCACCGGUCCUGCUGAUAUGCAAGAGUAUGUUAUGGAAGACAAGGUAGAUGCAGAACCUGACAAUGACUUAAAUGCUCCUCCUGUACCAGCUCGAUCGUAUUCGUUAGGGGCAUUUGAAGACGAUGAGUCGUCAUUUAGUGGGCAGGAUACAAGAGCUAUGACCAGCAUCGCUGAUGACAUGCAGGCUCUAAAUGAAAAUUUUAAAGGAAUCAACAUUAAACCGGAAAGGAACAAAUCUGUAGAUGAUGUUGCGCAUCAAUCGGAUGAGGAUUCUGUUGAUUCGAAUGAAUGGGAUUCCGAAAAUGGCGGAAGCGACUUCGAGGAAAAUGAUGACAAUCAAGAAGGAUUUGAAAACAAGGAAAUCUUAUAUACAAGAGAGGCUACUGGAGCCUUGACCAAAGAAUUAAAUAAACGAAAUAAGCGGACCUACGAGCCUCGUGAUUAUCAGCUGGAAUUAGCAGAGAAGGCUCUAUGUGGCCAGAAUACGAUCAUCUGUGCUGAAACUGGGACAGGAAAGACAUGGGUAGCGUUGUAUGUCAUCGACAAACACCUGUCACAGGCGUCUAAAAGUCCUAAAAAAGUUGCGUUCAUGGCUAGGACUGGUGUCUUAAUUAAACAACAAUCAAACCGGUUCAAGAAGUAUCUUCCACAAUACAAUACCAAGCUUAUAACGGGAGAUGACGAAGAUUCCAGAAUGGUAGAUGCCUUUAUCCCCACGAACGACAUUAUAUGUUUCACGCCACAAAUAUUGGUCAACAGUCUUGAUAGUGGUAACAUAAGUAGCCUUUCCAAAUUCUCUCUUCUUGUCUUUGACGAAUGCCAUCACACAAGAGGAGACGAGCCUUACGCAAGACUUGCGAGAAAAUAUUUGGUAGAAAAAGCUAAUGGACAAAAGGAGCUCCCGCAGAUUGUUGGUCUUACUGCCUCCAUAGGCGUUGGUAAGUCCAGGACGGUGGAAGAAGCGGUCGACUACAUUAUUCGUGUGUGUGCAUCGCUAGAUGUUAGGCCUCCUCUGUCUACCGUAGAGAGAUGCAGAGAGAGUUUCAAGAAAUGGGUGAACACGCCGGAGGAGGAAACAAUCAAGAUGAUGGUUAAAAAUCCUGACCCUUGCAAGGACAUUUUAUUGGAAGCAAUGGAAGAUGCGGAAAAACUUCUCGAAGAAAUGAUGUAUUUCCAACCUGAAAUGAUCGACAUGCUGUACGACAAGCGCCCUGGUGAAAGAGAUACCCAAGCAUACAACAAAUGGACGGUGGACAUCGAAAAGAGCGCUCAACUGAAUGUAAAUGAUCAUGAGAUAUCACGUGAUAUCAGUGCGUGCGCAGUUUAUUUGAAUGUAUACAACUCUGCAAUCGAAGUAUGUAAUCUUCUUCAAAUCGCCGAAGUAGCCAAGUAUCUCUCUGAAAAGCAUCACCGUGAAUUGGAGGGUAGGAAGAAACAUACUGAAACGGAAAAGAAGUUGUUUGACAAUCUUAUUGAUGUUCAAAGGAAGCUCAAUAAAUUAAAAAACGACAAGGAUGCAGCAAAUCCGAACGUGCAGAUAGUUAGCGAACAGCUACAAAAAAUGAUACUGGAAAAAGGCGACGAUUCACGUGCGAUUGUCUUUGUAAAGGCUAGAGCAACAUGCCGAGCGCUAGCUAAAUAUUUGGAUGAAGAUCUUCAGAAGAUCGGAGUUAAGGCUAGUCGAUUGUAUGGACAACAAACAAAGGGAGCGGAUGAAGGUAUGACCGAAGCUGUUCAGACCGAGACCCUUCAGAAAUUCAGAGACGGUUUUUACAAGGUGAUGGUUUGUACGUCUGUUGGUACAGAAGGUAUUGACGUACCGGACUGCAACAUCGUUAUCAACUACAACUACUCCGGAGACGAAAUCACAAAGAUUCAGAUGAAAGGUCGAAGCAGAAAGAAAGGCGCAACGAUUAUCGUAAUGGGAGAUGAAAAACAAUUGGAACAGGAAAUGAUCAACGCGUAUAAAGCAAACAUGAUGUACAAAGCAAUAAGUGAGUUGAAAAAAAUUAAUGCACGGGCUGUUGAACAUAAAUUAAAGAUGUUUCAAACCGAUGAGAUGCAAAAGCUCAGAUACAAAACGGAGUAUGAAAAGGCAAAGAAAAGUCGAAGAUCGGAAGAUGACCUCGAAAUUCUGUGUAGGCGAUGCAACUCCAUGGCAUGCUUGGUGUCAGAUGUGCGAAAACUUGGAAGCCAACAUUUUGUGAUAGCAAAAGACUUUCCAUCAAAGAUUACGACAAAACCACACAAAAGCCCAAAGAAAUACGAUGGCAUAGAAAAGAAAGGGAAGAUGUAUUGUAAAAAGUGUCCAUUGGACUGGGGCAUAGUAGCUGAUCGCGAUGGUGUCGACUUGUUUAUUCUGAAACUACAAUGCUUCAAGCUUAGGAACAUGAGAACGGGUGUCGUUUCGCAACAUAAGAAAUGGCUAGAUGUCCCAUAUGAUGUACCAGAGUUGGGACUGGAAGAUAUCCCGAAAUUCUUCAGGAAUGAGACGGAAGAAAAUGCAUCUCCCGAGUAAACCGUUCCUUUAUUAAAUGUCCAGUGUGUAACUGUGUUGUGGACGGACGAAUGAAUUGUCAUCAAUGUAAUAAAUAUUCUAAAAUAAAAACAAAACAUGAAACUGUGUCUGAUGUAAAAAAAAAAGAAAAUGUGGAUAUGUAAACUAUGUUUUACACAUGUGCAUUUUCCUAUGAUCGAAGUUUAAAAUGUUGUUUGAGUUACGAUGUUCGUAGCGUAUUUUUAAAUUAUGUAUGUGCGAUGUUUUAAAAUAUAAUUCAUUAAAGGGAUCACGUGGCUUAUAAAACCUCGAGUUUAGUAAAAACUAUCGAAGGAAACACUUUCAUAUCGAAUUUAUAAACGAGCAAAAUACUAAAUAAAAUACAGUCAAGUUUC